AUGGCGGCCCUCGCGGCCUUUCGGUAUGUUUUCACCACAUGUCAAACAGUUCGAACAUGCUGACUAGCAGUAGCGCCGACGACAAAAUUGUGCGCAUCAUUACCGACCACGGCCACGGCAGCUCAUGCUAUGUUCAUCGCAACCUGCUCGUAAAGUCCUGUGAGUACCUCGACGCUGCUAUUGCCGACGAAAACGACCCUUUCGACGACGGCCCGAUCAUCAUCCAAACCGAGGUCACACAGAGCGCCAUGGGCUGCUUCAGCCAUUUUCUCUACACUGGCCAGCUCAAGGCGGCCUUCAAGAGCAUCUCUGAGAUCCUUGAGGUCUACAAAUGGACUACUCAUCACCUUCACUGCGGUGACUUCCGCGACGCAUUGACGGAUGAAGCGAUCAAGCUCCUGACCAAUGGCCUGUCCCCAACGGCCGCGCCAGACAUCGUCUUUGCCGUGCUCAAUGAUUAUGAAGAUAUUGAUGGAGGUCUGAGCCUUCUCUUGAUCGAUUGGCUUGUGCGUUCUCCAUUUGUCUGCCCAUACUAUGCCGAGAUCAAUGCACGGCUUGCCAACACUGAGGCCACGAACCCGAUCCAUCGCGCGCUCGGUCAAGCUUUCUUCGAGGUGAAGUCGAUCCAAGAUGGCAUCAGCGCGACUCCUUGGCUCGAGAAUCCCUGCCAAUAUCACGAGCACUUGCCAGCUAGCUCCUGCGUGGCAUGGGCGCCCGUCACCCCACAAGGCCCGGAGAGCUCGUCCCCACCGCCGCCUCCCAAGACCCCUCAGAAGCGUACUCUCAGGCGCAAGACUCGCUCCAGCACGUUUGACCGGGAUCUCGACGAUAUGGCUCUUGACGACGAUGAGGACGAGGACGGUGUGUUCGAGACGCCUUCCAAGUCAGCCUGCCCCACCACUUUUGAGCCUUGGACGAAUGAGGAGCGCAUCCACUUUCUGGACCUCCUGCCUAAGACCGUCGACAUGAGCUGGCCAAAGAUGGCUCACGAGCACAACAAGACUUUCUGGGGCAACAAAGUGAGCACUUUCUCUCGCUCUGUGGGUAGUCUCCGUGCCGAAUUGUCCAAGCACGCAAACACGACCGAGCGCGCCAAGGCCUUAGAAGUCCUUCCAGAGAAGGUUGCCGAGCUGAAGCGUGAGAUGGAGGCUUCGAAGCAGAAUGAUUCGAAGCUAUCCGCCAUCGGCAAAGACUCAGAUACCGUCAUGGGCGUCGACGAGGGUGAGUCGUGGACCAACAAGGAGACCAUCCAUUUGCUGCGCCUGUUCUACGAGAACCCGAAUGCAACUGAUCAACAGAUUACUGAUGCGCACAACGGAUGCUAUUGGGCCGGAAACCAGGAGCGCUCUGCAGGCGACGUGACGGGAAAGUAUCUUGAGCUCAUCGGCGUGGGACGGAAGGUGUCGACCAUGAGCAGGAUUCCAGCGACAAUUGCUGAGUUGAAGGACGGAGUGUGA